UUGAGGGGUUUUGUUUAACUUGUUUAACCCUCUGUUUUCUAGUUUUUUCAGCUUCUUCUUCUUUCUCUCUCUAACGUGAAUUUGUCGCGCAAUCGCUCCUCUCAUUCGGCUUCUGUGAUGUGAUUCAGAAUGUGGAACUUUGCAUCAAGUUGCAUUGCUGGUAGUGUGGGUUUGAAAAACGAUGAUUCUUCAAAGCCAACUAACUCUGCUUCAGAAUGUUCUGAUGAUGACGAAACAUCUAUUGUUAGCAGAGAGGAAGGGCUAGAAUGCCCAAUUUGCUGUGAAUCUUUUAACAUUGUUGAAAAUGUGCCUUAUGUUUUAUGGUGUGGUCACACACUUUGUAAAAAUUGCAUCUUGGGACUUCAAUGGGCUGUGGUGAAAUUCCCAACACUCCCAAUACAGCUUCCACUUUUUAUCUCAUGCCCAUGGUGCAACUUUUUAUCAUUCCGUUUAGUUUAUCGUGGGAAUCUGAAAUUCCCUCGGAAGAAUUACAUUCUUCUUUGGAUGGUUGAGAGCAUGAAUGGUGAUAGAGUUAAGUCACAUUCAAGUGAUUCAACUUUCUGUGGUGAUCAUCAACAAGUCUGGCCAACUAAAGACAAUUAUUUAGCCAUGGGAAGCCAUGGAGAAUUGGUUUGCCAUCCAGAUGAAUCAUUGAGUUCCAAUCGAUAUCUUGGUGAUAAUGGUGAUUACCUCAGUAUGGAAAGACUUUAUACUUCUCUGCGGAAGUCACUGGUUUUGUUUGUUCACUUGACAGCGAAGUUCCCAUUGAUCAUUAUAUUUCUUUUGAUUGUCUUAUAUGCAAUACCAGCCAGUGCAGCUAUUUUGGCUCUGUAUAUACUUGUUACCAUUCUGUUUGCUCUACCAUCAUUUCUCAUCUUGUAUUUCGCCUAUCCUAGUUUGGAUUGGCUUGUCAGGGAAAUUAUCACUUGAGAUCAUAGGGUAGUAUGGUUGGUUUUCUGCUUUGCAAGCAUUAAGAAUGCAAGCUUGCUUCACCUAGUGACCCCGUUUAUCUAAUAUGGUACCGUAUUGCAAUUAGCCGAAUUAUCCAUUUACAAGCUGUGUCAUUUCUAUUAAUUACCAUAUAAACCUCCACUCAAUCUCAGUGUUAGCUCCGGUUUGGUGGGUGGUGUGGGGUUGAUAUCAGUUUUUGGUAUUAACUAUGUUGAUGGCAACCAAAGCUGUGGAGUGAAUUAGGUAAUGAAUGAAUAAUAAUGGUUGCUUUAUCAAUAUUUGAGCUUCAAACCUGAUGUAGUUAUCAAGUGGAUCAAUAUUAGAAAAGCUAUUGUUUUGUUUUAUGUACACAUUUAGAUGUUCCUUUUAA